UGAAGUUUCUCGUGUCACAUCACUACACAGUUUGCGGCGAAUAGUUUGACGAGAGUGAUUUGUAAAAUAUUUGUAUUGUAACAAAUCUGCUUUUAAUAAAAUGUCGGCCAGAUACGAUAGAGCAAUUACAGUAUUUUCACCGGACGGUCAUUUACUUCAAGUCGAAUAUGCACAAGAAGCCGUUCGUAAAGGGUCAACUGCGGUCGGUGUUAGAGGUGCCGACGUAGUGGUGUUAGGUGUUGAGAAGAAAUCCGUCGCUAAGUUACAAGAAGAAAGAACUGUGAGGAAGAUCUGUCUCCUUGACGACCAUGUUGUAAUGGCAUUUGCCGGAUUGACGGCUGAUGCUAGAAUUUUGAUCAAUAGAGCACAAAUUGAAUGCCAGUCUCAUAAGCUGACAGUUGAAGAUCCAGUAACUUUGGAAUACAUAACCAGGUACAUAGCUGGACUCAAGCAAAAGUACACUCAGAGCAAUGGUCGUCGACCUUUCGGUAUUUCUUGUUUGAUCGGAGGAUUUGAUUAUGAUGGUCAUCCUCACUUAUUCCAAACUGAACCUUCUGGCAUUUAUUAUGAGUGGAAGGCAAAUGCUACAGGCAGAUCAGCUAAGACUGUUCGAGAGUUCUUAGAGAAGAAUUACACUGCUGAUGAAGUUGCUACAGAAAAUGGUGCAGUUAAGCUUGCAAUUCGUGCUCUUCUUGAAGUGGUGCAGUCUGGCCAGAAAAAUCUGGAAAUAGCAGUGAUGAGACGUGGCCAGCCCAUGCAAAUGCUUGAUUCUGACACCAUAAGCUCAUAUGUGGCUAUCAUAGAGAAAGAAAAGGAAGAGGAGGCGGAAAAGAAGAAACAGAAGAAGUAACUUAUGCGUUUGUGAAACUAUUUUCUAUAAUACUAAUACAUGUUUAUAAGGAAAAUAAAACAUUGUUUACUUAACUAAU